CCUGCAGCGGUUAGAGCAGUUAGUACAACAGUUAGUAGAGCAGUUAGUUUUCAUGGAGCAAACAGCAACACUGUUUCACGCUGGCAGCCCUCUGGAGUCAAAAGUUCUGUUUUGCUGCUUAAACCUCCAGAACCAUGGAUGCAUCAACUUCCUCCAUCCAUGAACCACAUGAGCACCACCAUGAACCACAUGAGCACCACCAUGAAUCACAUGAGCACCAGCUUGAAUCACAUUUCCACAAUAUGACAUGUCAUUUUGAUGUGAACCCAUACCACUCUUUCCUGGUAGUGGCCUACAGUGUGCUGUUUCUGGUGGGCUUUAGCCUCAACAGCUUCACCUUGUGGUUUCACUGCCAUGGAACUCGUGGACGAGCAUCCAAGAGCUGGAUGAUCUACCUGAAACAUCUGACAGCGGCCGACUUUCUGCUCUGCGCCACCCUCCCCCUGCGCAUUAUUUACUACACCAACAGCUCAUUCACCAUCCACCUGCUCUACUGCAGCAUCGGAGCCCCGCUCCUGUUUGUGAAUUGGGCUGCUAGCAUCCUGUUCAUGGCAUAUAUAGCAGCUAACAGAUACAUGAAGAUAUUUUAUUCCAUGGGAAGUCACUUCCUUUUGACUCCCAAAGCCAGCCACAUCAUCUCAACAACCACCUGGGCUGUUCUCCUGACCAUGACAGCACCUUACUGCAUCCUGAUGCUGAUCAACGAGGAAAAUCAUGAUGAUGAUCACAGCUUCUGUGAUCAUCUGAUCAGUGAACCUGUGAAACCAAUGCACAUACUGAGUCAUGCUUUCGCUUUCCUCGUCUUCCUGUCAGGACUCGUCUCUCUAGUCUAUUUCUACUACAGCACCUCUCGCAGGUUGAAGGAGGUCCAGCAGGCCCACCUGGCCCACCUGACCUCCUCCAAAUCCGAGAAGCUUGUUACGUCUCGCAGGAACAUGUUGGUGUUGGUCAGUGUGUACUGCUUUUGCUUUGUUCCGUAUCACAUUGUUCAAAUUCCAUACAUCAUAUUUGAGAAAGCCUGUUUGGUAGAGUUGUACUACAUCAAGGAGUUUGCCGUGUUACUAUCAAUUUUUAACAUCUGCCUGGAUCCUCUUAUUUACGUCUUUCUUUGUAAGGAGUUCAGGGCUCAGCUUCACCUGACAAACAUAUUCGGUUCAAAACCGAAGAAAAACACCUCCAGUGUGGACGGAAGUGACAGUGUAAAUAAGCUGAAGACCGUCAACAUCAUAUCAGAUCCCCAGGGUCAAAGACAGCAAUAAAGCUGGCACUAGUCAUUCAUUUACAAAUAGCCUGUGCAAUAUGUGUGUGUGUAUGUACUGAGGGUGUAAAUAUGUGAUACAAAGCAUAACUGGAUCAUUUUUGAAUACAAGCUUAUUAAUUUAACAUGUCUGCUUCCAUUUACCUUCAACUUUCAGCUGGUACACAUAAAUUUCCUGCUGUGGACAAUAAAUGAUUAACCUGU